GUUUCCUUGGAGACCAAACAUCUGCUUCCUUUCAAUAUGUUUUUUUUUUUUUUUAAAUUGAAGCAACUUUAUUGAUACGGAACGGCCUAACAGAAUGCAAUACCAGAAGCCGAGGAGCGCAGUGCAGCUUGGCAGCGGCCAGAAUCCGAGCUCUCAGGGUAAGAUCCAUUAAUUAUAUCAUAAUUAUCGUAUUGUGCCCGAGGCCUCCAUUACUGUUUUACCUUCUCAGUGCCCUUUAUAACGGCUCAGGGAUGAUAUCAGUGUAAUCCAUUGUACAGCGCUACGGAAUCUGAUGGCGCUAUACUAAUAAAUAAUAAUAAUAAUAAUAAUCAUACCGCCCAAGGGUCCCUGUCCCUCUCAGACCCAAAUCCCUCCUUUCUAAGAGCUCCAUAUUGUUGGUGUGUAACAGAGCUCCACAGCAAUAAUACUCCCAGUACUGUGUCUUUAAAUGGCAAUGGGCUUGGCAUGUGGCAAGGAGAUUGGCUCAAUAAAUGGGGACUGGCAUAUGGCAUUUGGACUGGCAUGAUGGGGACUGGCUCAAUAAAUGGGGACUGGCAUAUGGCAUUUGGACUGGCAUGGUGGGGACUGGCACAAUAAAGGGGGACUGGCAUGAUGGGGAAUGGUACAAUAAAGGGGGACUGGCAUGAUGGGGAAUGGUACAAUAAAGGGGGCCUGGCAUGUUGGGGACUGGCACAAUAAAGGGGGCCUGGCAUAUGGGAUUUAGACUGGCAUGAUAUGGAUUUGCAGGAUGGAAACUAGCACAAUAAAGGGGGACUGGCAUGAUAGAGACAAACAGGAGGCCCAGGGAUUAGCAUUGGAGUUGGAGGCAGAUGAUAGAUGUGCAUUAAGGAUAUAUUCAUGAUGAACAAAGUUUUCAUAGGUGUUUUUAGAGUAAAAUAAAGGAGGAUAUGCUAAAAUUGUGUGGGUCAAAUAGGAAGGAUGUAUGCAGGAAGCAGACAAAACACUUGUUAUACACACCCAUAGGUAAAAGGUAUGCUGAUCUGACACACCCUGCCUACUCCGAGAAAUGUUCAUAAAUGGAGACAGUGGUUGAUAUUUCAGAAGAGGAUGUAAAUAUACACUUUUUUUUUAAUUGCCCCAUUUUUCCCUAUUCACUCCAGUUUACUUCUCAUAUUAACUCUUAUGAACAAUAAACAUUUUAUAGUAACAGUUGUUGGAUCAGCGCUUAGUGACCAGUAGACAGCUAGAAUAAAUGGAAAGAGGUUCGCAACCUAAAGGCAUGGAUGUACCCUCACAGACCAUCAGAAGAAAAUACAAACGUAGAGACGGGAAAUUAUAGGUCGCGCCACACAAAUAAUAUGAUAUAAUAAAACCAGUGCGUACUUACCUACAUAAAAUGCUUACAGAGGAACAGAGUCCUGAAUAAAAGUAUAUGAACAAAAUAGUCCAAGUUGAUUGAAUAAAUGAAUAUAGUAGAUCUUAUAAGUUCUGAGACAAUCCGAUGUCCAGAUAACGUGGAGGCAUGCAAAGUAAGAGUUCCAAUAGUGUAAAACUGUAGUACAAAGACGGAAUAUGAUAGUAGUAGUAUUCCUCCGACACACCUAUGCAAGAGCUAGAGUCAGCUCAGGUGUGAACAGCAUUCAGAGGUGUUGAUCCCCCACUGGUAGGAUAUAGGUGUUGGUAGAUAGUGAAGAUCCUCGAUAUAUGGAAAGAGAAAUACAACCAAAUAGUGCUCUCUGUAUGCAGUAACCUGAGGUUAAUAAUUUAAAGGUAUAAUACUCUCAUGCAGGUGAGCAGGAUAUGCUGCUCACUUUAAUAGCGUGGGUGGUAUAAUCCCCACCUAGGAUUCUUGAGUGAGUGAAUAGCAUGGGCGGUAUAAUCCCCACCUAGGAUUCUUGAGUGAGUGAAUAGCGUCGGUGGUAUAAUCCCCACCUAGGAUUCGUGAGUGAGUGAAUAGCAUGGGUGGUAUAAUCCCCACCCAGGAUUCUUGAGUGAGUGAAUAGCGUGGGUGGUAUAAUCCCCACCUAGGAUUCUUGAGUGAGUGUCUGAGCAUACAAAAUACUUCUCCAUGAACUGAAAUUUGUAAAGAUCAGUUACAGGCUAUGCCAUCCUUUUAAAAUGGUUAAGGGUGUGCAGGGUUUACCAAGCUGUUACUAUAGGGCCAGCAGUAAAGGGUUACUCCAACCAACAUGACCACUUCAGUGAUUUGAAGUGAUCAUGGUGGUAGGGGUCUCGCCACCAGGGAUGUUCUUUCCCCCUAUUCAGAGUGAUGCUAGCAUAAUCCAAAGCACGAUUGUAACGAUCACUAGGGAACCCUAACACGCAGACAGGACAGAGUAGAGAGAAUUGCAAUACCGAUCCUUAGAGUGGUCGGGUUAUGCAAAAAGGGAUAGUCAAAACACUAGCCGAGGUCAAGGGAAACAAAGAAACGGAAUAACGAGAGACAAAGCCAAAUAUCGGUAACCAGGAAAUCUAAAUAACAAGUGCAACGCUCAAAUCUAAACCAAAGCCCACAACAGGUCACUGAGGAAAGAGGGAGGUUAGCUUAUAUACACAUAUUGGCUAACCUUCAAUUAAUGUUAACCACAACACGUGGGAGUAGUUUCUUCCUUUCCUUGUGGUCUCUGAGGUCAUUACUGUGUUCCGGGUCUGGCACACAUAUAAGGAUGCUGCUUUGGAGAGUGCAGCGUCAGACAGGCCUCUUGUAUCGGUUACACAGGAGGGGCUUCAGAAGGGAUGUGUGGAACGUAUUGGGGAUGCACAGGGAUGGAGGCAAGUCCAGAGUGUAAGAGACAGGAUUAACCCUGAGGCUAGGUGUUCAUCCAACGCGGGUAUUCCCUUGUCGGAGAAUACACCAGGAAGGACGCUAGGUUGUACACCGUAAGCCAUCUGGAAUGGACUCAAACCAGUGGAGGUAUGGGAGGCUGUUCUUGGCAAACUCAGCCCACGGGAGGAGAUGGGACCAGUUAUCCUGAUGCUCGUUCACGAAACAGCGUAAAUAGAGUUCCAGUGAUUGGUUCGCUCUUUCAGCAGCCCUGUUUGAUUGUGGGUGAUAUAAUGAGGAAAAGGACAAGGAUAUACCCAUUUCAGUACAGAAACCCCUCCAAAUUCGUGAGAUAAACUGAGGGUCCCUGUCAGAGACUAUAUCGAUGGGUAUGCUAUGAAGCUGGAAUACCUCUUUUGCCAAGUCCAAUUGUGCAGCAGAAGGAAGCUUCUUAAGCGGAACAAAGUGAGCCAUUUUAGAGAACCUAUCGGUCACCAUCAGAAUGACCGUGUGACCCUUGGAGGGGGAAAGGUCCACUAUGAUCUAUGGACAGGUGCUUCCAUGGCGGCUUGGCACCAAGAGGGGCAUAAAGAGACCAGGUGGCUUGCUUGUGGGAGACUUAGCCAGAGUACAAACAGGGCCGGUGCAAGGAUUUUUGCCGCCCUAGGCAAAAAAAAUCUUGCCGCCCCCCCCCCCCAUAUGUCCUGCCCACCAUGUGACAUCACAAUGCCCCGCCCAUAUGCUCUGCCAUAUGGGCCAGCGCCAUUCUGCACAAAGAGUCUUUUAUCUGAAAAGACAGUGUGUUUACAGUAAAAAGCCUACAGGCACAGGCUAUAGACCACUACAUUAUGCUGUAGUUUUUAUGGUGACUAUAGUAUCCAUUUAAUGUGAGGUAAAUUAGAGAUUAGUGCCACCAAUAAUAUAUUGGAUUGCCUACUUACCACCAGAUGAGGACAAGAGGCUGAUGAUGGGCUCAGUCUGGUGUAGAAGAGGCUCUCAGGAGACUGUUUGUAACACUGCUCACAACACUUAGCCAACAGGAAGCAGCUCCAUUUUAUGGGGCCCCUUACACAGUUCAAGGUCUGGGCCCCCAGGGCUUGACCGUGAGUAUGCCUACAAUGCCCACCCAUAAAUCCAGCUACAUGGACCACCCAUGAGUUCUCUCACAGGGAGUGGAGUGUAUGUGUGUAGGGGAUGUUUUAUGUGUUAUUGUAGAGGAUGUAAUGUAGAGUCCCCACCGUGUGUGUGUGUUCUUAUAGAAUGUAGUGUAAGGGAUGUAGUGUGUGUAUAGGGGAUGCAGUAUGUGUUUGCAUGUAAGGACUGCAUUGUAUGUUUCUGGGUGUGUGUGUGUGUGUGUAAGGGAUGCACGAUGUGUUUCUGUGUAUGUAAUUGAAUGCAGUGUGUGUCUGUAAGGGGUGCAUUUAGUGUGUAAGAGAUGCAUUUUGUUUCUUGUGUAAGAGAAUGAGUGUUUGUGUGAGCGUAAGGGAUACAUUGUGUGAUUCGGGUGUGUCUGUGUGUGAGUAGGGAUGCUGUGUGUGUAUGUGUGUAGUGUAAAAGAGAGGGUUUGUGGGGUAGGAUAGGGACUGAGAGGGGAGCAGCUCUUAAUUUUAUUUUAUUUUUUAAAUUUCAUAGUGCUCUCCCUUCCUGUCAAUUAGUGAUUUCCCCUCCCCUUCUGUCCCUUAGUGCUCUCCCUUGGCCCCCUGUCCCUCUGCAGUCCACCCUUGGUGGUCUUCUCGCUCCCCCCUCUCCCCCUUAGUGGUCACCCUCUCUCCCCCUAGUGGUCCUCCCUCUCCCAAACCCAUUAGUGCUCCUCCCUCUCCCAAACCCCUUAGUGGUCCUCCCUCUCCCAAACCCCUUUGGUCCUUGCCCUCCUCCCCCCUUAGUGGUCCUACCCCUUUCCCCCCUCUCAGUGGUCUUUACCACCUUUCCCCCCCUUAGUGGUCCUUACCCUCCGUCCCUCUACUUAGUGGUCCUCCCUCCUUAGUGAUCCUUCCCCCUCCUUUCCCCCCCUUUGGUGGUCUUUCCUCUCUUACCCUCUCCCCCCCUCCCUCAGUGGUCCUUCCUACCCCCUCCCAGUGGUCCCUCCCCAUGUGGUCCUUACUCCCCUUCCCUCUCCUCCCAGUGGUCCCUUCUCCCUCUCCCUCAGGGUCCUUACUCCCACCCUCCUCCCAGUGGACCUUACUCCCCCCUCUCUCCCAGUGGUCCUUGCUCCCCACCCUCUCCCUCAGGUGGACCUUGUCCCCUCCCUCUCCCUCAGUGGUCCUAUUCCCCUCCCUCUCCCUCAGUGGUCCUUAUUCUCCCUCUCCUCGGUGGUCUUCUCCCCGGUGGCCCCCCUCCCCCCUCCCCUAGUGGUCCUUACCCUCCUCUUCCUUCCUGCCUAUGUAGCGUGGCCGGGCGGCAUGGAACGCGGAGCAGGAACCUCUGAGCCCUUCCUGUCUGUCCGCCGGGUACAGGAAACAGAGGUUCCUGUCCCGCGUUCCGCGCUGCCCGGCCAUGCUACAUUGAGAGACCGCCAGGAGGGAGUGCUCUGCGCUUCCCUCCUACCAGUCACUUAAAUCCGGCCGGCCCAUCAUACAGCAGUGCUGCGCCGCCUGAAGCUUGCAAGAGUGCUCAGGCGGCGCAGCAUGAGAAACCGCACCGGUGAUUCCGGGAGCAGGGCUCCGGCGCCCCCUGCUAAGGUGCGCCCUAGGCGGCUGCCUAGGUCUCCUUACAGGUAGCGCCGGCCCUGAGUACAAAUCUGACAAGCCAUAACAUACUCAUUGACGUCCUUCCUAACAGAAGGCCACCAGAACUGUCUUGUUAUCAUAUGUUUUUGUGAUGCCUGGGUGUCCUGCUGUUUUGGAUCUAUAAAACAAUGUCAUGACUUUUCUCCUGUCCCUUCCCUGUACAAACAAUAAACCUGUAGGUGUUUCAGGUGCUGCUUGGUUUUGAUAUCAAUUCACCUUAUCUAGAAAGAGGGAAGAGGUAACUAAGUGUGUAUCUGCAAUUAUGUUGGCAGAAGGGACUAUUUGGUUCUGGAGGGGAGGGGUCGACCUCCAGUGGUUCGUGUUGCCUGGAUAUAGCAGCUGCCUUAACGUUGCUGUAUCCAGGUCUGUAUGUUAUGGUAUACUGGAAGCGAGACAGAAAUAAGGACCACCUAGCCUGGCGAGAAGACAGACGUCUGGCCUCGGCUUUGUAGGAGAGGUUCUUGUGGUCUGUGAUCACCAGGAUAGGGUGUCUGGAACCUUCCAGUAGGUGUCUCCCCUCUUUAAAUGUCAAAAUAAUGGCCAGUAAUUCCCUGUCCCCCACAUCAUAGUUUUUCUUUUCUGCUUCAGACAGUUUCUUGAGGAAAAAACAACACGGGUAAAGAGGAUUGUUGUGGGUUUUUCUCUGAGAAAGUAUUCCAUCAACACCUGACUCAGACGCGUCGACUUCAACAAUAUAGGACAGCAACGGGUCAGGGUGUCGCAAAACAGGGGCUGAUGUAAAUGCUUCUUUAAGUGUUUCAAAAGCCUCAGAGCUCCAAACACGGGAUUAACCCCUAUUUUGCUCAUCUUGGUUAUUGGGGCUACUAUAGAGGAGAAAUUCUUUAUGAAUUUUCUGUAGCAGUUCGUGAAACCCACAAAUCUUUGUAUGGCCUUAAGACCCUGUGGAAGUGACCAAGUUUUGAUGGCUUCCAGUUUCUUAGCGUCCAUACUGAAACCCUUCUCAGAUAUGAUGUACCCCAAGAACUGCACAGAGGUUUGAUCGAAGAGGCACUUCUCUAGCUUAAAAUACAGACCAUUUUCUGGCAGUUUUUUUAGUACUGAUCUGACAUGGUGGGUUUCUAGAUCACGGGGGUAUACCAAUAUGUCGGUAAGAUACACUACAGCACAUACGUGCAAGUAAUUUUGGAGGACAUCAUUAAUAAAGUCCUGGAAGACAGCAGGGGGCGUUACACAGGCCGAAGACAAAGACAAAUAUCCGUAACCAGGAAAUCCAAAUAACAAGUGUAGCGCUCAAUGGUAAACCAAAGACCACAACAGGGCACUGAGGUAAGAGGGAGGUUAGCACAGGGCUCGACAAACCCCUGUCGCCAUGGCGACCAAAUAUUUUGUCCUGGCGUCUGGGAUUGGUCAGUCUGCUCCCUUCUCCUUCUGUCUCAAUCCCCAUGCAGGGGAAUUGCAAGCUAAGCUGGCAGGAUACCAGGUAAAUAUGGCUCUGCUCCCCACCCUCCUCCCGACCCCAUACUCGACCCUGCUACCCCCCCAUUCGAACAUAAGGAGAGAUGGAAGUCCCAGCGGUGUUCGCGCCGCUGAGUGUCCGAUUAUAGUUCCAUGCACUCAACAACCAAACACCGCUGUCUGUGUUCGCGGCUAAAGAUGGCCGCCGCCACGUGUUCGCACAUACAAACAGCGACACCACCCAGCCAACCGCUUAGAACGUUGUGGUAAUUGCAGUUACCGAGGUGAGAACAAGGGUCAAAAGGGUCAAUAAGCAACACACGACUUCUCUGGGGGUCUGGCCGUUCGGUAGUUUAUUCGGUAUUUGAACUUCAUAGGUCUCAGGUGUAUAUAUACUGAACCAACCAGUGUAACAAAUAAGUAAAAAAUAAAGAGGAUGACAAUCCAGAUAUAGGGGAAUCUGUCACACAGAGAUAAUUUUUAAUUGUGUGCCGGAAGCAAGUUGCACCCCCUGGCACUUGUGACUAAGGCAGACCAGAACUGCCUAAUGUAUAUUCUGUGCAUAAAACAUGUCUGUCGCCAGCACGCAUCGGUCCAGAUUGCGCACCUGCACUCUGAGCUAGCGAACAUGUCCAAUCACAGACAUCUCUCUGAGCAGCUGUGAUUGGACCUGGCACAGUCCUUGUGAUGUCACAAAGAGUUGUGAAAAGCAACGCUGGGAGCUUCGCCCACCGCUGGAUUUCAAGUUUAUUUUUAAUUUAAGGAGAUGGGGGACCUAAAGUACAAUGCCCAAAAGCUAGAUUCACAGAUGUUAUAGAACUGCAACUCCCACGAUGCUCUGUAUGACUUUAGAAUGACAAAUCAUCAUGGAAGCUGUAGUUUAAAAACAUCUGGGGAUCUACCUUUUGGGCACCCCUGCAGUACGGCAUUAUACUUUAAAAACUCAAAGCAUGAAAAAGGAUUGGAGUAAUCCUUUGAUUGCAGUACAGCCUGUACUUGCAUCCAUUUUAUGUGGAUCCAUUUCUGUGGUACAGCCAUGUAGAAAUAGGAAAAAAGAGGGGAAAAAAGAACACUCAUCAUACAAAAUCCGGUGCUAAUUUAAAAACAAAUAACCACAAAGUGGUUUAACCAGGAAAUAGAAAAUCAUUAACCCCUUCAGGACCGGACUGUUUUUGCGAUGUUUGUGCGUUAAGGACCAGAGCUAUUUUAACACUUUUUUGUGGUGUUUGUGUUUAGCUGUAAUUUUCCGCUCUCUCAUUUACUGUUCCGAUACAAAUUAUAUCUUGUUUUUUUCAGGACAAAAAGGGCUCUCUUUACAUGUUAUUAUUUUUAUCAUGUCAAAUAAUUUAAUUUAAAAAUAAUAAAAUAUGGUGAAAAAUAAAAAAAAAACACUUUUUUUAAACUUUUACUUAAAAAAUCUUUUACUGAUCUACAAAAUCGAAUGAAACAAACUGCUAAAUAGAUUCAAAAUGUUGUCCUGAGUUUAAAUACGCCCAAUGUUUGUGUGGGCUAUAAGUACAAGUAGGAAAUUGCUGUUUCAAAAUGUACAUUUUUCAAAUGUAUCAAUAGUGACAUUGUAACACUGUUAUGUCAUAAAUCUCCAAAAAACACCCCACAUGUAUAUAUUUUUCUUAAACUAGAUAACCCAGGGUAUUCAUCUAAGAAUAUUUUGAUACUUUAUAUGCAGCCAAUUUACCACAAACCUUUGCCAAACUUUGCAUAGGUAGUUUUUUGUUUUUUUCACAUACAUUGCAAUUCAGGGAUAAAUUCACAGAUUCUGUUAGGUGUCACUGCCAAACAACACCCCAAUAUGUGUUCAGCAACAUCUCCCGAGUACAGGGAUACCCCCCCCCCCAUCUAUAGGGUUGUUUGGGGGCUAAAAGGUCACAUUUGGCAGGUGCGCAUAUCAGUUUCCCAUCUUGGAAUUUUGACAUGUAGUCAACCUGCAUGCAUGUCCUAUUUGGGACAUUUUUGAAGUCGGCCAAUGUAUUUUACCCCCAUCAAACCAUAUAUUUUUGAAAAGUAGACACCCUAGGGUAUUUCAUAUGGUGGUAUUUUAACACUUUCCAUGCACUAAUUCUACCACCAGGCUUUGUCAAACAUUGAGUUAGUAAAUUUUUUCUGUUUGUUUCACACACAUUGUACUUUAGGCAUGAAUUAACAGAUCUUGUUAUGUGUCACUGCCAAACAACACCCCAAUAUGUGUUCAGCAAGAUCUCCUGAAUACAGUGAUACCCCUCAUGCAUAGGCUUGUCGGGUUCUUUGGGGGCUAAAAGGCCACGUUUGGCAGGUGCGCUUAUCAGUUUCCCAACUUGGAAUUUUGACAUGUAAUCAACCUGUGCCCAUGUCCCAUUUGAGCCAAUGUAUUUUACCCAGUAAAAUAGUAUAUAUUUUUAUAAAGUAGACAUCAAAGGUUAUAGAAGAUGGGGUGUUUUGACUUCUUUCCCCAACCAUUUUGCCCCCCAAAGAAAAUGUAGUGGUAAUUUUUUAAUCUGGUUUUAAUGCACACGUCAUCUGGUUUUGGCCAGCUGGUUAUGUGUUACUGCCAGAAAACUUGUUAGACCAAAUGUGCAGGUAGCAAAUGUACAUUUAGCAGCAAUCUUUAAACUGACUCCUGCAAAUAGAAUCUAACUGGAGAUUUGGGGGAAGGUAACUAACAAAAAAUGGCUGCUUUCCAAAGACAAAAAAUAAAAUAAAAAUUCAGGAACACUUCUUACAACUGUUCUGUGUGGUACAGCUUGAAGCAUGUCCCUACACACAGUCCUGGUUUCGAAGGGCAAUCAGGACAGUAAAAAGGGGUGUCUGUCCUUUUCCCGUUUUUAAAACAGACCCUGCAACGUUUCUGGGGGAAUUUUUUCUAGCAGUUGGCGGUAACCUCAAAAUAAAAUGUCUGGACCCAGCUUGCACCGUUGUUGGAACUUGUCCAUCUCCAUAAAUUGUUAAAGAAAUUAUUUUCAACUGAAAUUGGAGAAAGGUGGUUUUCCCUGGAUUAUUUUUUUCAAAAAGCAAAAAUGAGUUGUGGGUUGCUAUUUGCAUCAUAUAAAUAGCCACCUUUUUAUGCCAUGCUUUGCUCUUUCGUAAAAUAAGAUAUGGCUGCAUCAGCUGAUCAGCCAAAUCAACACCCCCCAUGUACUUAUUAUACGCCCUGAUGCUAACCGGUUUGGACUCUACUCUGCCCCGGACAGAGACGUCUGACAUGCGUUCGUCAUGGGUGGUGGUUAGCAUGUUGACAUGUUGAGCAUCCUUCCUGUCCCUAAAUUUUAGUGCAAGCACUUCAGCUUUGUGAAGUGCUUUACAUUCGCCUUUUUUUAAUUUUGCCUCUAUGAGAGAUCGUGGAAAGUCUUUGGAAUUUUUUCUGGCAGUGCCGCAGGCCAGUGUCUGUAAACCAUAAAGUGUUUUAAACAGAUGGACACUACUAUAAAAAUUAUCCACAUAAAGGUGGUAACCUUUAUUAAACAAGGGGUUUAGUAGGUCCCAUACAAGUUUCCCACUUGUCCCCAGGGAGUCAGGACAGCCAGGAGGGUCCAGUUGACCAUCUUUCCCCUCAUAUACACGAAAGGCAAACGUGUAUCCACUUUCGCUCUCGCACAGUUUGUACAGCUUUAUGCAAUACCUAGAGCGCUUUGAGGGGAUGUAUUGUCUGAACUCUAAUCUCCCUUUGUACUUCAUUAGAGAUUCGUCUAUGGAUAAAUUUUGUUGGGGGGUAUAAACAUCCAAAAAUUUGUCCUGAAAAUGGUCUAGCAGUGGGCGUAUUUUAUGAAGCCUAUCGUAUUGGGGGUGAUCUCUAGGGUGACAGAGGGUAUUGUCACUGAAAUGUAAACAUCUCAGCAGUAACUCGUAUCUGGCAUGGUUUGGGAGAAUACUGUACUAGACAUUACUGGGUUGGUGCUCCAGUAUGAGCGAAUUGAUGGCUUCUUUAUAAUCCCCGUGAGCAUUGUAAGAGCCCAGAAUUUUUAAAGCUCUGGGACAUCUGUGGGAUGCCAGUCAUGCUCCCUGACUGUAUAGCUACCUGGAUUGUUAUCAAUAAAAACCAGACUGUACAAAUGCACUGCUGUAACAGAUCUGGCAGGGAAGGGGUUAAAAUGGAUUUUUUUAAUUCAUUUUAGAUACUGUAUAAAGCUCUGGAUCACUUCUGCUGCAACAAACUAUCACAAUCUCUGUCUCUCUUGCCUCACAAAACGCUACAGAGGAGAAAGGGGCAGAGAUCACUGUCAAAGUGAAUGUUUGUAACACCCACUUUGACAGCGGCCAAUUGUGAGCGAUUGCAAUUGGCUGUUACUAUCUGCCUGGGAUGUCUGGCAGAUAGUAACCGUGUUAUACGGGUGGGAGCGAUCUUUGAUCGUUUCCCGCAGCCCGUUUCCCGCAGCGUCAGUGGUCCAAAAUAAAUAAAAAGGUGUGUCUGUUUAACUAAUCUUGCCUUCAACAGGUUUAUACUCGUCUUCUUAAAUAAACUUUAUACUUAUUCCUUGGUGCUAUCCCUGCAUACAGUUUUAAACUAUUUCAACACUGUAUUCGGGUCCCUGAGCCCAGCCUGGACCCCAUUCGACAUACCAAUUCAUACCAGCAAUAGAUGGUUGAGAUUGGCUGAGAGUGUCAGCUAACCAUUUCAGCCUAUCACUGGCGCCCGUUGCUGCUUCAGCUAAUAGACUUGUGUACAAAUACAGAACCAGCUUCUCAUUCCUCAGUAGCCCAAGUAAGCUAGAGGGGGAUGGGUUGCUGAAGACUCUUGUUUAAACAUUAAAAGAUUAAACGAUUUAACACUGUAACCGUGGCUGGUUCCCUUAUUUACCACUAUAAUGUCUUAAAGCAUAGACCUUAGCAGGGCUAACCAUACAGAUAUCUUAGCCAUAAUUUUAUAUAGUUAGUAAGAGAUCCUCUAUUUAACAUAAAUAAUUGAGAAUACAAUAUAAAAUAAGGAUUGUCUUGGAAGCAAUAGUUUUGUCUUUUUGGAUAUUUAUUAUAUAAAAAUAUAAAAUCCAUUAUAGCAGAGUUUAUAAGAUUAAAUUACAUGCUUGCAAAUAUCAUUAAUAGGUUAACAUACCCUUCUGAACAUGUCAUCAGGUCAGCCUCUCUGUCAUUUUAAGAUGGAGCUGCGUCUGUCUCCAAGUCUCUCCUCUGUGUAAACCAUAAAGUGUUUUAAACAGAUGGACACUACUAUAAAAAUUAUCCACAUAAAGGUGGUAACCUUUAUUAAACAAGGGGUUUAGUAGGUCCCAUACAAGUUUUCCACUUGUCCCCAGGGAGUCAGGACAGCCAGGAGGGUCCAGUUGACCAUCUUUCCCCUCAUAUACACGAAAGGCAAACGUGUAUCCACUUUCGCUCUCGCACAGUUUGUACAGCUUUAUGCAAUACCUAGAGCGCUUUGAGGGGAUGUAUUGUCUGAACCCUAAUCUCCCUUUGUACUUCAUUAGAGAUUCGUCUAAGGAUACAUUUUGUUGGGGGGUAUAAACAUCCGAAAAUUUGUCCUGAAAAUGGUCUAGCAGUGGGCGUAUUUUAUGAAGCCUAUCGUAUUGGGGGUGAUCUCUAGGGUGACAGAGGGUAUUGUCACUGAAAUGUAAACAUCUCAGCAGUAACUCGUAUCUGGCAUGGUUUGGGAGAAUACUGUACUAGACAUUAUUGGGUUGGUGCUCCAGUAUGAGCGAAUCGAUGGCUUCUUUAUAAUCCCCAUGAGCAUUGUAAGAGCCCAGAAUUUUUAAAGCUCUGGGACAUCUGUGGGAUGCCAGUCAUGCUCCCUGACUGUAUAGCUACCUGGAUUGUUAUCAAUAAAUUGGGUAGCAUACAAGUUAGUCUGGGAAGCAAUCUCCUCCCAGAUGGUAUCCCCUAAAAAUAGUUCUACAUACUGCAUUGUGGAGAAGCCAUCCACAUUAACAUUAAUGCCUGCGUUGGCACUAAAAGGGUGGACGUUGGGCUCGGCUAACUGUGGAGGUACCCAGUCCUCCUCCACAUUCGACGUAGCAGAGGAAGCACAGCUUCUUUCUUCAGCUGGCUCACACACAGAUGACAUAUCGUCUUGACUAGACGUGUCAAAAAAGUGACCUGGGUCAAAAUCUGACGCAGUGUCAGUGGCGUCAGAAGGCAUAUGCCUCCUGCAAGUUAUACAUAUGCUGCAUUUUUACACAUGACUAAAACAAAUUACAAACACAAAUGUUUUUUGAAUAUUUCUUUUUUUUUUUUACUAAAACAGACUAAACAGCAAUCCCUAAACUAACUCCUGUCAGAAAAAUCUAAUGGAGAGUUGGGGGAAGGAAACUGACUGAACAAGACAGACCAAAACAGACCAAGACACAGAUUUUUUAAAUAAAUUUAAUCCUUUAAGGGCAAAAAAAAAAAACAGACUGUACAAAUGCACUGCUGUAACAGAUCUGGCAGGGAAGGGGUUAAAAUGGAUUUUUUUUUAAUUCACUUUAGAUACUGUAUAAAGCUCUGGAUCACUUCUGCUGCAACAAACUAUCACAAUCUCUGUCUCUCUUGCCUCACAAAACGCUACAGAGGAGAAAGGGGCAGAGAUCACUGUCAAAGUGAGUGUUUGUAACACCCACUUUGACAGCGGCCAAUUGUGAGCGAUUGCAAUUGGCUGUUACUAUCUGCCUGGGAUGUCUGGCAGAUAGUAACCGUGUUAUACGGGUGGGAGCGAUCUUUGAUCGUUUCCCGCAGCCUGUUUCCUGCAGCGUCAGUGGUCUAAAUAAAUAAAAAGGUGUGUCUGUUUAACUAAUAUUGCCUUCAACAGGUUUAUACUCGUCUUCUUAAAUAAACUUUAUACUUAUUCCUUGGUGCUAUCCCUGCAUACAGUUUUAAACUAUUUCAACACUGUAUUAGGGUCCCUGAGCCCAGCCUGGACCCCAUUCGACAUACCAAUUCAUACCAGCAAUAGAUGGUUGAGAUUGGCUGAGAGUGUCAGCUAACCAUUUCAGCCUAUCACUGGCGCCCGUUGCUGCUUCAGCUAAUAGACUUGUGUACAAAUACAGAACCAGCUUCUCAUUCCUCAGUAGCCCAAGUAAGCUAGAGGGGGAUGGGUUGCUGAAGACUCUUGUUUAAACAUUAAAAGAUUAAACGAUUUAACACUGUAACCGUGGCUGGUUCCCUUAUUUACCACUAUAAUGUCUUAAAGCAUAGACCUUAGUAGGGCUAACCAUACAGAUAUCUUAGCCAUAAUUUUAUAUAGUUAGUAAGAGAUCCUCUAUUUAACAUAUAUAAAUAAUUGAGAAUACAAUAUAAAAUAAGGAUUGUCUUGGAAGCAAUAGUUUUGUCUUUUUGGAUAUUUAUUAUAUAAAAAUAUAAAUAUAAAAUCCAUUAUAGCAGAGUUUAUAAGAUUAAAUUACAUGCUUGCAAAUAUCAUUAAUAGGUUAACAUACCCUUCUGAACAUGUCAUCAUGUCAGCCUCUCUGUCAUUUUAAGAUGGAGCUGCGUCUGUCUCCAAGUCUCUCCUCUGUGUCUUAACAUUUAAAAGUACACCUAUUUAUACCUUAGGUGUCUCCAUUUUAGGGUUACCGUAGUUCAUAUAUGAAAAAGUAACACUUCUUUUACUUUAUUCAUUUUAGGACCUCCCUUAACUUGGCAAACAUACAAGGCCAUAACUAAAGGGUGCAAACGUCAUGGAAAUUUUCCUGACUUACCGGUAGUUCAAGAUGGCAUCUUAAAGUCUGGACAUCCUUAUUUAUCUACUUAAGGUUACCACGGUAUAUUGAGUACUGAAAGAGUCGUAGCAUAGCCUUAAAGCUUGUUUAUGCAUUAUUGUUAUUGUAAUUCGUCUGGGACAAAAUGGCGCAAACAUAUUAUCCACUAAGGUUAUUGCUUAAAGAAACAGUUAUGAAAAACAAUAUGUUCCAUUUCUAACACCGUGUCAGUUUGCAAUAUCUCUUAAAGACAAAGCACACAGUUUAAGAAAUACAACAUUUCAUUCUAAAACUUGUAAUAUUUGCAUUUGCCCAUAACAACACUGACUACAGACAGAUACUAUAACCACUUCAGUGAGAUGACAAAGUUACAUUAAGAAUGAAGUCUACAUCCAAACAGAGACAUUUUAAUACAGGGAUAAAUAAAAGUCUGUUAUACACAAAUACAGUAACUGCAUAUUAUGUAACCAGAAAAUGAGGAGGAGAUAGGAGAUGAGUGGUAAUAAGUUUUAUGAAGGAGAUUUAGCUUGGGUAAAUAUACUUUAUUUGUAUUUGUAUCAGAUUGGUUAAGCCUGCGAUAGCCUGCAUACUUAUAUUGGCCUGUGGUUCCUCAUCUUGCUGUGUAUUUGUUUUUCUUCCAGCUUUUGAUGUUAGUAACGUAAAGAACACUUCUCAGCGCUGCAGAGAUUUCUCCCGUGGUGUCUCCAUCUCAUGAUGUUCUUCCGGGCAAUUCUCGUUCUUACAUGCAGAUAUAUGAAUACAGAUAACGUAUUCCAAGAUGUUUCUUCCAAGAUUGUAUAAAGGACGAUCUCCCCUGUGUAUUUGGACUUUGCGUCGGCUAUUCUAGUUGGAGUACUUGCAUUAGCUCCAUCAAGGACAAUUGGAAAGUCCAGUUUGGGAUGCAUGCAAACAAGUCAUGUCGAGUGCAUGUACAAACCAAGUAGAUUGAUACUUUUUCGUCAUGUUACUUUAUCCUAAUGCUUGUCUGCACUUCCUCCGUCUAGCUUGUAGACGCUGGUCUAGACUUUUGCUAAUUAUCACUCUUGUUUGUCCUUGUUUUCUUAUCCUCUUAUUCUUAGGGAAGCUAGAAGAAGGCUUCUCAUAUUUUCUUCCACUUCUCAUUUCCAGUCCAUCCCACCCGUCUUCCACUGUUGCCCUACCUCAUCCACUCCCACCUUUGCUCAUUUCACCCUCUAAUGCUUGCUCAAACUCUCCCUUCUUUCUCAUCCUGGUCACCAGCACUCCCUCCCACCUAAAUCGACGAGAUGCCAUCCGGCAAUCUUGGGGAAGACUCUCCACCUCGCUCACACUUUUUCUUAUGGGAGUUCCUGAAUCUCAAGAUGAAAAGGCUGCCCUUGUACAAGAGGCAGGGUUUCAUGGAGACAUCAUCCAGGCAGCAUUUGCUGACACGUACCGCAACCUGACAGUAAAGACAUUGGUGGGACUUACAUGGGCGGUGGAGAACUGUCAAAAUGCUAAAUUCCUGCUGAAAACCGAUGAUGAUGUCUUUGUCAAUACACCAUCCUUAUCAGAUUUUUUAAGAGUGCAAAAAGGACCUCUCUAUUUGGGUCGAAUCCACUGGCAUGUUAAGCCUAUAAGGGAAACAUAUAGCCGCCAUUAUACCUCAAAGGAUGAAUACGCAGGUGAUUAUUUCCCUCCAUAUUGCAGCGGUACUGGCUACAUCUUGUCUCAGGAAGCAGCUGUUCUCAUCUUACAGGAACAGGGACGGGUUCCAUUGCUUUCUCUGGAGGAUGUGUAUGUUGGAAUACUGGCAAGUUAUGCAGGCAUAUAUCCCCAACACAGUGCAAGGAUUGCAGGUUCAAUGAUGAUACCACAUCAGGAAUGCUGCUACAGAACCAUGUACACCUCACACCAGGUUACCCCUCAGGGGAUGUCAGAGGCAUGGGCUAUGCUAAGCAAGACAGAGAAAGAAUGGUGCUUAGGAGCUCUGCUUCGUUGCAGGAUUUCAGGUACGUGGUAAGAUUCUGAGCAGAUGGGGGUGAUCAUCUUGGACAGCAGAACAUAAGGGAUGGUAGUCUGUGGAAUCUAGAAGAGCAUACAUAUCCAGGACUCUGCAGGCAGUAGCUGGUCUUAUGUACUCAACAAGGGUAUUGGCUUCCGUCCGGAUAGAAAUAAUGCACAAUAAUGUAAAUCUGUUACUGUUGGUGCUAGGAAUAGUGCAGUGAUGACUAACCCACAUGUUCGAGAACUGCUGUUCCCACGAUGGUCAGACACUUUUUUGGCCUUGGCGUCAUGGGAAAUAUAGUUCAUAAAUAUCUGAGGACAUCACACUUCGCAAUGGCUGGAAUAGCAAAAUGUUUAAUGGAUUGUUAGAAAACACCCAGGCACCUUAGCAAGCUGCUGGCUUGGAUUUACUCUUUAACAAAAGCUGAAACACUGCACAUUAUCUGAACUUCAGCAGACAUUUUACAUUCGGGUUUAUUCACUGGACAACUUUAUGCCAAUAUAAGCUUUGAAACAUUCUCAAACCCCCUAUCUUGACAUGUCCAUUUGUGUCCUAAAUUUAUUUUGAUAUUAAGUUCGCAAUUCGCCAGUUAAAUAAUAAGCCCUGUAAACAUUAUUAUAUUUAUAUAGCGCCAUCAAAUUCCGCAGCGCUUUACAGUGGGUGGACGAACAGACAUAUAGUUGUAACCAGACAAGUUGUACACACAGGAACAGAGGGGUUGAGGGCCCCGCUCAAUGAGCUUACAUGUGAGAGGGGGUGGGGUAAAAUGACACAAAAAGGAAAGGAUAGUAAAAAGGGACACUCCAGGCACCCAAACCACUUCUGCCCAUUGGAGUGGUCUGGGUGCCAACUCCCACUACCCUUAACCCUGCAACUGUAAUUAUUGCAGUUUUCAUAAACUGCAAUAAUUACCUUGCAGGGUUAACUACUCCUCUAGUGGCUGUCUAGUAGACAGCCACUAGAGGGCACUUCCUGCUUCAUAGCACAGGUUUUCUGUGCUUGAGCGUCGCUGGACGUCCUCCCGCUGUGUGAGGACCUCCAGCGUCGCUCAAUUCCCCAUAGGAAAGCAAUGCUGUGCAUGCGCAUUAGGUCUCCCCCGCCGGCUGACGUAAUGAAGGGGAGGAGCGGCGGCAGCGACGACGAUGACCCGAAACCACACCCCUUCAGCAACCGGGGAUGGGAGGUGGGAAUAUUGCUAUAUAAUCAGACGACAUAGCUGAGCAACAUAUAAAGUAAUACACAGUCGUAGCACACAUGCAAUUUGCUAAAUAUACUGUGCAAACUCACUUUGGGUGUCGAAAAGGCAGAAGAAAUGCUUAUUACCACUACACUUAGUGCAAGCUAGCGGAAAAAUUAUCCCACGCCAAGGUUCAAAAUAUGCCUUUUGAAAUACCCUGGGAUAUCUUCUUUAAGAAACGGUAUGCCUUUAUGGUGUAGUUGUAAUAUGUAGUCCGCUCAAGUGCUCCAAAGUGGGACAUGGACGCAUCAAAACCCUCCAUGAAAAUUCACACUUAAAACCUGAACUUGUCACGUCUCCUUUACAGCACUGUAACUUAACAAAAUAGGGUCUAGGUCAUACAUUGCGCAUAUUGUUUUACGCAGAAGAUGUAACUGAGCAUAAUUUGGGGGGUUUUAUGAUAGUUGUACAGAUAAAGUGUAGGAAAUACUCAGGAAAAAUGCAAUAUAUGUAAAAAUUCCAUUUCCCUCCACCACAAACGUUGAUAUAAAUUGGUGAAAAAAUGGUGACAAGUUAAGGCACAAUAUACACCAUGUAAGAUACCCUGGGGUGUCUGCUUUAUCAAAUGAAAGCCCUUUGUGGGGUUAUUUGAACAGUCACACUGCUAUAAUACCCUAAAAUGAGACAUAGGCCCGUCAAAUCCGUCUAGGAGAAUUCUAACUAUAGAAACUGAAAUAGCUUUGUCUCUUAUAUGGCACUGUAGCUUCACAGAAUAGUGCCAUAGGCAUACAAUGGGGGUAUCGUUAUGCUCCGCAGAUGUAGCUGAACAUAAUAUGGGGUUCUGUGCAGGAAUAGCACAUACCAGCUUUACGAAAUACACAUUACAAAUUGUUAUAUGUGUACAUGCCAAAAUAAAGAAAAAACACAAUUUUACUCCAAUAUUUAGCAGGGAUUGGUGAUGAAAUGGCUACGUAAAAAGUGUCAAACUAACCUUACGUAAAUAGCCUGUGAUGUCUACUUUAUAUAACUAUAUACUUUUGUGAGGCAUUUUUUAUUCUGUGAUGGCUACUAAACCUACAAGACAAACAUACCAACUUCUAAAAUUGUUGCAAAUUGAAAUGUUAUUUUAGUCCUUGUAUUUUGUGACCUGUAACUUUAAAAUAAGCUGAAAUCCUAUACAUAUGAUGUACUCUAUAAAACAAGACACAUAAAUGAAUUUAUUUUAAAUUACUAUUUGUAAGCUGGACAUAUUAUGCACACGCUAUUAGUGAAAAAAAUGUAUUAAAAAAAAAAAAAUUGGCUUUUUUAAAUAAUUAAUGAUAAUGUAUCUAUGUAUAUGUUGCCCUCUAAAAAACGAUGUAUAAUGUGUGUUGGUGCAAUAAAUGUCAGAGAUGCAAAUUGCGUUUGAACAAAAACAGCAAAAAAAGGCUUUUGUCCUUAAAUGUAAGACAAGCUUCUGAAGCGGUGUCCUUAAGGGGUUAAAAUAGCUUCUAUGGUUUCCUCUGAAAAUAUACAUUUCUCACCCAGCUUACCCGCUGGUUCACAGGUUCUGAUCCACUACAUAAAAUAAAUGUUGCCAUGUUUAGCUGCAAUAUAUAGCUGAACACCUUAAAUCGUUAUACUAGUCCAUUCACUGUAAAGUAGGUCAUUUACAUUUAUACUAAAUAAAUACAUUUUAUUUAUAUGUAAACCCAGGCUUGACUUUCAGCUUGUAUA